AUGGCCGGCCUCCCUGAUGUAGGCGGCCACGGCACCGGCCCGCCGCCGUCGACGCUCGCCGCGCAGCUCGUCGAGACCAUUUCCGCCUCGUCCAAGUCGGCCGCGGCCCGCUCCGACGACCAUGCCGAGCUCAAGGGCCUCUUCUCCGAGAUACAGCGCGUCAAGGACCGGCCGGCGCUGCUGCAGACGCCCGCGCAGCGCACCGAGCACAACCACAUGCUCGUCUACGUCUACUGCCGGGUGGUGCUCGACGCACUGCGGCUCGACGACGACGCCGCGCUGUUCGACGGCGCGCGCGCGCGGGCCGAGGCGUUCAAGGCGCUGACGUUUCUGCGCUUCACGAUCAACGAGACACCGGGCGUGCUGUGCUUUGCCUCGGCGACGCACGGGCUGCUGUUUCGCGGGCCCGAGCCGCUCUGGGCGUGGCUGCUGCCGCGCUGGCUCCGCCUGCUGGGCCACCCGAGGUGCGCGGAGCUCGAGAGCGCCAUGGAGGGCUUCUUGCAGUAUCUGCUGCUGACGGUGACGCGGGUGUCGAAGCUGUGGCCCGUGAUUGGGCCGCUGAUGGUGUAUUUGCGAGGCUGCUUGACGGGUCUGGUUGAGAAGCUGCAGUCGCCGCCGAGCAGUUCUUCGAAAACAAACGAAGCGAUGACGAUUGAAAUGCCGCCCGUGCACGUUCUGGACCAGGUCCUGGGCGGGCCAAGCGCAACGGCGUCUGUCUCGCUGACGUACCGUAUAAAGCUCCCCCAAGCGCUACAGCAGGCACACAGCUUGGCGCGCGUGCUCGCCUACCCGCUCGUCUGCCCAGACGCUGCGUUUGCGGCCAUUGCGCCCAUGUCGGAGACGGGACUGUGGCUGCUCGACGCCUGGCUAGACCUCUGGUCCGCGCAGAAGCGGCUGGAUAGCGGCGAGAAGAAGUCGCCGCUGCCGCUGAUCAACAUGGCCGUGGACGUGGCCAAGGCGGCCAACGGUGACCAUGCCGUGGCGACGGCCACGCGGAACAAGGCGUGCACGACGCUCGUAUUGCUGUGCAGCGAGAUGGCGGCGGCGCCGGACGAACUGGCCGAGGCAGAUGAUGCCGGUGGUGCGUCCAGGGCCAGUUACUGUCUCGCGCUGGUUGCCAUUGCGCAAGCGGCGCUGCAAUCGCCGACAAUCGGUCGCCUGGCGGCGUCGAAACUCGUAAAUGAGCUUUCUUUAUUACCGUCGCAGUAUCCUGUGCUCGGAGAAGAAACCGAUAUCUGGAGAUGUGCCCUUUUGCUUCGUGAAGUGGCCAAUCUGGAAGAACCAAAGAUGUUGCCUUGUUCGACGCAUCCGUCGCUAUUUCAAGAUAUAGAACUAAGGCGUUCUGUCGAAAGUAUGCAUCUGUUACAUGAGCAGCCGACGGGCCAAGGGAACGCCAUAAAACGAAGAAAACUGAAUGCACGGGAAAACGAUGCUCCUUCGCAGGCGUUACAUGGGCUGUACGCCGCCCUGGAGCUGGAUGCCCCUGCAGAUGAGACGGUUUUGGAACCGGCUUACAUUUUGAAUGCCAUGGAGACGUUGAAUGAUGGCUCAAGUUCCAUACGAGAGCUUCGUAUAGCAGCGGGCAGGGUAAUCGUCGUCUUUAUGCCGCUCAAGGAGACGUCCUAUAUCGAUGACAGCCUGCUCUCGCGAAACCGCAAACUUACAAUUGGUCUGUUACGUCAGUGUUCCGAUCGCGAUCCAGCCCACUUUGUUGAAUCCCGAAUCAUGGUUUGGGGCCAGCUUGGCAGAGUGAUGCCAGAAAACGAGCUCAACCUGGUUCUGAUAAAACUGCUCGACUAUCUCGGCAGCAGCAACAGUUUUGAAGCCGCCGUCGCUUUCAACGAGCUUUUAAAUCUGGCCGACUCGCGCAGCACCACGCCACGACGGCUGCUGGAGCCCUACUGGAAAAGCUUGGCAUACAUGGCGACCAAAGACAUGGUUCGCGGGCCGCAACGAAGCAGAGCGAUAGCGGAGCUCCUGCAAAUUUCAGUCAACGACCUGUUGCUGCUCAUUCAGACGCACGCGCUCCCCUGGUUGGUCUUGGACAAGCGGACAGAGGUGAUUCAGAAGUUUGCCGAGGCACGGCAAGAUAGUUUGGGCUGGGAGCCUCUGAUGGACAAUGCAAACAUGGCUGCCAUUCUGUCGCUUCUCAUGAUUCAAGAAACGGACGAUAUUGAAACAUUUGUCAAAUCUCGCCUAAACGACGUCGGUCUUCAUCUACCUGACCGGCGGAUUGUCGACUUAUUACAAAUUGAGCCCGUCUUGAUUGCUAUUGAACUCUUGAAGGCGGCCGGACAAGCCGAUGGUGCAAGAAAGGAAACCAUCACUGAAGCUCUCCGGUGGAUGGCAACAAGCAUCCUGACUGCAAAUCCUGAUACAAAAAAGUUAAAAAAAGGGAAUGUGAUUGGCAAGUUCCUGCAAUCGCAUAUUCUAGGCUUGAUGGCUCGCCUGACCGAUGUGAUCAACGACCCGGCCAUGAUGCACCCUGGGGAGAUGGAGCAGCGCAACUGCAUCCGUGCCCUGGACGAAAUGAUUAUUCUCUGCCAGUCGCAUGCGCGCAUUGCGCGACCGCAAAUAUCCGCCUGUCUGCUCGCGGCACUGGCACAGGAUUCGCUCCGUGAUAGUUCGCUCUCCUGCUGGGCCUCUAUGCUGGAGAACUUUGAAGAGGAAGAUGUCGAGGCGCUUCUGGAGACGACGUUUUUCAUUGUCAAACACUACUGGCCUAGUUUCAGUAUCUCUUCGAUGGACACAGCCACUACUAUUGUGUCCUUUUUGCUGGAGAAUCACGAAGCCAUUGUCGAGAAGAACAUUAGCAGCCUGCCCUCGUUCCAAGGCAUUCCUGCCUUGUCCAAGCUGGAAGCACAGCUGCGCGCUCUCCGACCGAAGCUUCUUCCGGAGGAGCUGCUUCCCAUAUAUGCCACGCGUCUUCGCCAUGAGAACUCGGGCGUCGUGCAGCAAGCCCUGAAUGAGCUUGUGCCAUAUCUUAGAGCCAACCAGAGCGCGCUGUACGCUUCCAAUGUGGCGCAAGCGGACAGUGUCGUGACAACACUCAUGCGUGCGUUGCUAGACUGCGCGUGCAGGUACAACAAUCUGCAUGGGAGUAUCAGUCGGCUAUGUGUCGAGGCAAUGGGCUUGAUUGGGUGCUUGGAUUCGAAUCGAGUCGAGACGGUCCGUGAGCAACGGUCCAUCGUCAUCCUGAACAACUUUGAAAAUACUCAGGAGACGACUGAUUUUGCCCUAUUUCUGUUGGAAGAGAUUUUGGUGCCGGCAUUUCUUUCUGCGACUGAUACUCGUCUGCAAGGAUUUCUCUGCUUUGCCAUGCAGGAGCUGUUGGAUAGAUUCGACAUCAAAUUUGCGAUUGCAUCGCAAAACACGGGAGAUGUUGCUGGGAACAACAUUUACCGCAAAUGGCUUGCGCUGCCAGAAAACGUGCGCGAAGUCGUCACCCCCUUCCUCACCUCCAAGUACAUGGUCGCUCCAAUGCUGCCUGUCAAGGUGGAAUAUCCCAUCUUCAGCCCUGCGAAGCCAUACGGCAACUGGCUUCGGUCUUUUGUGAUUGAACUCUUGCGAAACGGGCAAACUCCCUAUGCCGACAUGUUAUUCGAGCCGCUGUCGCGCGUCAUUCGUGUCAAGGACUUGUCAACGGCAGAGUUCUUGCUGCCGUACCUUGUUCUCCAUGUUCUUCUGGGAUCGACAAGCACAAAUCAAGACAAGGACCAGAUUCUCCACGAGCUUACGAGUAUCCUGGAGCACAGUCCUGCAGAGGAUGCCUCGUAUGCUGAAAAGGAAGAAUUCAAGCGCUACUGCCAUGCUGUAUUUCGGGUUCUUGACUACGCCAUGCGCUGGGUACAUGGCAAGAAGUCUUCGGGUAAACUCUCGUCAGAGAAGAAGGAACAAGUAGCCAAUAUUCAGGCCAUUCUCGACAGCAUCUCCGCCGAACUCAUCUCGCAGCGGGCGACUGACUGCAAUGAAUAUGCGCGCGCCUUGUUCCACCUCGAGCAGCAUGUUCAGAAAUUGGAGCAACAGAAGCGAGAACCCGGCGAUCGCAACCGGAUGCUGGAGAGACUGCAGGAUAUCUAUGCCAAUAUCGACGAGCCGGAUGGCUUAGAGGGCAUUUCGGCGCACCUACACGCGCUGGAUAUUAAUCAACAAAUUCUAGGCCACAAGAAGGCGGGCCGGUGGGCGGCUGCGCAGACGUGGUAUGAAAUUCAGCUUGCAGAGAAGCCAGACAAUGUCGACGUGCAAGUCGAGUUACUGAGCUGCCUCAAACACGCGGGUCAGCAUGACGUGCUACUCAACCAUGUCGAAUCAAUGUUGACAGACUCGUCGAGCGAUACCAAGAUCAUGCCGUAUGCUGUCGAAGCGGCUUGGGUCACAGGUCGGUGGGAAAGCCUGGGCAAGUUUAUUGAGCGGUUCCAAGGUGACCCAAGUCAAGACUUCAACAUGUCGCUCGCGUCAGUCCUGUCGUCUCUUUAUAAGAAGACGGAUCGUGUGAGUCUGGCUCGGACAGUGCAGGGGAUGCGCGAAAAAAUUGCUUCGGCAAUGACCACGUCUGCGACAGCAUCGCUCCAAGCAGCUCAUGAUUCUCUGCUCAAGUGUCACGUUCUUUCCGAUCUGGAAGUCAUUAUCAAUCUAAAACCUGACAGAGAAGAGGACCGAAAGCAGGCACUGAGUCUGUUGGAUAACCGGCUAGAUAUAAUAGGAGCAUAUUUCCAUGACAAGCAGUAUAUACUCGGCAUUCGAAGAGCGGCCAUGGAACUCGCGCGACCCACGUUUUCCGACCUCGACAUUUCCGCGCUUUGGCUCACCAGUGCUCGCCUGGCCAGGAAGACGGAUGCGACCCGGCAGUCCUUUAAUGCUGUUCUCCACGCCUCGCAGCUCGGAGACGACUCGGCGACUAUUGAAAACGCAAAGCUUCUCUGGAAGGAUUCGCACCGCCGGCAGGCGAUCCAGAUGCUUCAAGGCGCCAUUGAGCGCAACCGGUUCAUGACGCAGACGGGCGCGUCGAUGACGGCCAGCUCUAGUAAACUCGGCCCGCAGCAGAAGCUCCUGACGGCGCGCGCGCAGCUGCUCUUGGCCAAGUGGUUGGAUACGUCUGGGCAGACGCACGCAUCAGCGUUGCGUGAAAAGUAUCAGCAGCCGCCCAAGACGCAUUCCAUGUGGGAAAAGGGCCACUAUUACCUGGGCCGCCAUUACAAGAAGAUUCUCGAGGCUGAACAGCCUCUGAAGGCGGACGACCAGAGCGACAACUAUGUCACAGGAGAGAUUGCGAGAUUGGUUAUUGAAAACUAUCUCCGGUCUCUCAACUUUGGCACAAAGUAUCUCUACCAGACCUUGCCGAGGAUAUUGACGCUAUGGCUUGAUCUGGGUGCCCAGAUCGACAAAGCACCUGACGGAAAGAUGUCUCUGUCUCGCGAACUGCACAAACGCCGGGUGGAACAACUCAACGUGCUGCACAGCUUUCUCGACAAGUACAUCAAGAGGCUACCGGCGUACAUUUUCUACUCGGCCCUUCCGCAGAUUGUCGCGCGCAUCGCGCAUCACAAUGCCAGCGUCUUUGAGCGGCUCACGCACAUCAUCGUCAAGGUCGUGCAGAGCUACCCGCAGCAGGCGCUCUGGAGCGUGAUUGGCGCCAUUACGACAAAACAAGCCGGAGAGCGUAAGACGCGCGGGAUGCAGAUUCUGCAGAUGCUUCGAAGCACGUCACGCAGGGUGGAGGGCUCGUCGUACGACCUCAAGCAGCUCCUGCGGUACGCGGAGAAGCUAGCCGAACAGUUGCUGCUUGCUUGCACAAAUGGCGAUUUCCAGGGCAACAAGACGGUCAAUGCGAGCUUGACGCGGGACCUGCGGUUCAACCAUAAGUGCACGCCCUGCCCACUUGUCGUUCCGGUUGAGGGCACGCUGACGGCGGCGCUGCCGACUGCGUCCGAGUACUACACGACGCACCGGCCUUUUUCGCGAGAUGUCGUUACGAUUCAAUGCUUCCUCGACGAUGUGCUGGUGCUGAGCUCGCUGGCCAAGCCGCGUCGGCUGACGGCGCGUGGCAGCGACGGCAAGACUUACAUGCUGCUUAUCAAGCCCAAAGACGACCUGCGCACCGACCAGCGGCUGAUGGAGUUUAACGGCUUGAUUAACCGGUCGCUGAAGCGCGACGCCGAGUCGAGUCGCCGCCAGCUGUACAUCCGCACCUAUGCCGUGGUGCCGCUGAAUGAGGAGUGCGGCAUCAUUGAGUGGGUGCCGGGCAUCAAGACGAUGCGCGACACGCUGCUCUCGCUGUACUCGGCGCAAAAGAUCCACCCCGACUACAUGGCACUGAAGCAGCUGAUGGACGAGGCGUCGGCGUCGGAGAGCAAGCUGCGCAUCUUUACCGACGACGUGCUCGGCCGGUUCCCGCCGCUGCUGCCGCUCUGGUUCGUGCAGCAGUUUCCCAACCCGUCGGCGUGGUUCGCCGCGCGUCUGCGCUACACGCGCUCCUGCGCCGUCAUGUCCAUGGUCGGCACCAUCCUCGGCCUGGGCGACCGGCACGGCGAGAACGUGAACCUGGAGGAGGGCAACGGCGGCAUCUUCCACGUCGACUUCAACUGCCUGUUUGACAAGGGCCUGACGUUUGCCAAGCCGGAGCGGGUGCCGUUUCGGCUGACGCACAACAUGGUGGCGGCCAUGGGCAUCCACGGCUACGAGGGCCCGUUUCGGACCUCGUCGGAGCUGACGCUGCGGAUCCUGCGGCAGCAGGAGGAGACGCUCAUGACGAUUCUCGAGGCCUUCAUCUACGACCCCACGCUGGACCUGCAGAAAGAGAAGCGGCCGAGGAAGAGCGAUGCGGCGGCGGCGGCGGCGGCCGGGGUCCGGCUGCACCCGCAGAGCGUGGUGGAUAGUAUUAAGCGAAAGGUCAAGGGCUUGCUGCCGAAUGAGAGCAUUCCGCUGUCGGUGGAGGGACAGGUGGAGGAGCUCAUCAAGCAGGCUGUCGAUCCGAGGAACUUGACGGCCAUCACCAGCACCGGCCUCGGGCUGUACACGCCGUUGUCCGUCCGCGGCUCGUCGGCCACCCGCUUCAAUAUCGUGUGCAUGACCAAGCCGGCCAGCGUGCAGCCUGACGUGUGCGACCUCGGGAAGGGGCCAGAUACCGGCGAGACAAGUCGCACUGGGGGUGCCGUCCCCUGCCGCCGGCGACGGUGA